CAAUCAGUAUGCAAGAUCAACCUUCGCUUUCAAAGUUUAUUUCCUGUUACCCAGAUCAUGGCACUGAAAAAUCACUAAUUUGCUUCAUUUCGUUUCUAUCUUUUAACGUUUGUUUUAUCUUAUCAAACAACUAAAAUCACCGCACAAGAUGUUCAAUAUGAUCUCUCUACGUUUAUACGCUCAAAAAACUCUGACUAGGAGCAUUUCAGGGUGGUCAGACAAUUUGCGUAAACAAACAAAGCUAUCUGAUACUAUAUAUUCCCGAGAGGACAAAUAUGGAGCGCAUAAUUAUCAUCCUCUACCAGUAGCUUUAAGCAAAGGCAAAGGUAUUUAUGUUUGGGAUGUUGAGGGAAACUGUUAUAUGGAUUUCCUGAGUGCUUAUAGUGCAGUAAACCAAGGACACUGUCAUCCACGUAUUAUUGAGGCACUCAAAACUCAAUCAGAAACACUUACUCUUACCUCACGUGCAUUUUAUAACGUUUGUUUGGGAGAAUUCGAGGAGAUGGCAGCAAAAAUGUUUGGGUACGAUAGGGUUUUACCUAUGAAUUCAGGAGUCGAAGCUGGUGAAACUUCGAUAAAACUUGCACGAAAAUGGGGUUACAAAGUAAAGAAUAUUCCAGAUGGACAAGCCAGAGUAAUAUUUGCUGAAGGAAACUUUUGGGGUCGCACUUUAGCUGCAUGCUCUUCAUCUACUGAUCCUACUUGCUACUCAGGAUUUGGACCAUUCAUGCCCGGAUUUGUCAUUGUUCCUUAUGAUGACUUGAAUGCUCUCGAAAACGAAUUGAAAAAUCCUAAUACUUGUGCAUUUAUGGUGGAACCGAUUCAAGGUGAAGCUGGUGUUCGUACACCUUCAGAUGGUUACUUAAAGGGUGUACGAAAAUUGUGCACUAAAUAUAAUGUGCUGUUUAUAGCUGAUGAAAUACAAACUGGUUUAGGUCGAACAGGAAAACGGUUGUGUGUAAAUCAUGAAGAUGUUCGACCAGAUAUCGUUCUACUUGGGAAAGCUUUAUCAGGAGGAGUACUUCCAGUAUCCGCUGUUUUAGCUGAUGAUUCAGUUAUGUUGACUAUUCAACCUGGUGAACAUGGAUCAACUUAUGGUGGUAAUCCAUUAGCUUGUAAAGUUGCUAUGGCUGCUUUAAGAGUAUUGGAAGAGGAAGGUUUAGCAGAACAUGCACAGAAAUUAGGUGAAAUCUUUCGUCAGGAACUGAGUAAACUUCCAAAAUCUGUCGUUGAAUUAUAUCGUGGUAAAGGUCUUUUAAACGCGAUUGUAAUUCGUCAAGGAUUUAAGGCGUGGGAUGUUUGUUUAAAAUUACGCGAUCAUGGUUUAUUGGCUAAGCCAACACAUGACACAAUCAUUCGAUUAGCACCGCCUUUAGUUAUUAAAGAAGAUGAACUACACAAAGCGGCAGAAAUUAUACACAAAGUGAUUGGUUCAUUGAGUAGAUCGUGAAGAAACACAGGAAAAACAAACAGCUAUGCUAUUUCGUUCGACAUGUGACCUACGUAACAAAAUAUAAUUCUUCAAAUCUAAUAAAUAUUGGGAAAUUAUUGCUAUCUACUUAACUGACUAAUUUCUAAACUAUAUUCAUUAAAAAUCGGUUCCACAUAAAAUACUAUGCACUAUUACAUAGCUAGCCUUGUUUAAUAUACAUCAAGUUUUAAUAUUUACCAAGUAUUUAAAACUUAUAUUUACUUACUUACUUACGCCUGUUACUCCCAAUGGAGCAUAGGCCGCAGACCAGCAUUCUCCAACCCACUCUGUCCUGGGCCUUCUUUUCUAGUUCCAUCCAAUUCUUGGUCAUUUUUCUCAUGUCUAUCUCCAUUUCUCGGCGUAAUGUGUUCUUUGGUCUUCCUAUUCUCCACCUUUGCCCUUGAGGAUUUCAUGUGAGAGCUUGUCUUGUGCUGCAGUUGGGUGCUUUCCUCAAUGUGUGUUCUAUCCACUUCCAGCGCUUCUUCUUGAUUUCUUCCUCCUCUGGAAUCUUGUUUGUUCUCUCCCACAGACAUAUUUCAUUGUAAUGCUACGAAAUUUUAUUUGAGCGAAUUCGUUUUAAAUCCAUUGGCAGGUUUAUUGUUGUAAUUCAAAUUAAAAGUGAAAUUAAAGAACCCUUCUGCUUAUUUCCAUAAAUUAUUAAAUAUCUACCAUUGUGAUUACAUUUUUAUACUUUGAUGCAUAAAAUUAUCAGUUGCUUUAUCGCAUAUAUGUAUUCUAUUUAUAGUUCUAUCUGGCUUGUUUGUUUUUGAACUACUACUCAAAUAAUGUUGCGUUAGUAAUAUGUCUAUAUGUAAUGUGAUUAUUUUCAGAUAACUCAUUCCAUUUUUAUUAUUGUUCAGAAUACCAACAUGUUGUAAUACGUGAUUUUGAGUUAUAUAAUGUAUUUUGUAACUCUUUUUUUUUUACUUAAAAAUGUCUUGGUGCAUAUGCUUAGAAGUUAAUUGUAUCCAGGCAACCGAAAAUAAUAUCGCAAAUAAACUGUUGUUUACAUAUGUUUUAGUGGAAAAAUAUUUUCUAUAUGGAUUAUUGAUUAACCCGAAAAUAGAAUUAGUUCAUGUUUGAAAGCUCAAAUAUAAGAAAACCUUUAACCAAAAUAAAUAAUAAAUGAAGUUUGUUUAUGUACUGAUAGUUAAUUAAAAUAUACUCUGUUCGUAAUCGUUA